AUGACCGGAACUCGUCACGCAGCCAACUUUGUGCCAGCUGUUGGCUCCAAAACGUCGAAGCUGCGAGACGCGCAACCACUGCAGGGCGAGUGCCGCGCCGUUCAAGGUCCCUGCGGCCGUGGAGCUAUCAAGCCGCGCAUUGCCGAAUCUGCCUCCGUUCCGCGCGACACGCCAUCGUAGUGCCGGCAGUUCUCCGCGGACGUGACGCAGACGAUCGAGGCGCUGCCGCUGGUGCCGAACCCGAAGCCCGUGCAGGUGCACGUGCCCAACUGCGACAUCAGCCGCCUGCCGCUCAUCGUGGGCGGCGAGAACGCCGAGCUGGGAGAGUUCCCGCACAUGUUCGUCCCAGUGAAGAGCUAUCAUAGGUCAGAGCGUAAUGCUGUUCGCCUACUUUCCACUGAGACUCUGGGACGUAGUGAUUAUGACAAGGGGAGGAAAGCAGCCCUAAUGCGAGCGAAACAGCCGUUUCAUUCCAAGACCAUUGUGGAAAGAUAG